AUGAUUUCAAGUGUGUUUUUAUUCAUCUGGGCUUUGGUCACGGUUGCAUUAGCUCACACUAUUCCAGGACACAGUUCCCUUCAACGUCAACUUAUUGCCAAGAGGGGGCCACAAGACCUCAUCGCGGACCUUUACCGCAAUUUGCCAGCUCCAGAAAUUGACUUUAUCAACUACCACAUCAGAAACUUGGCUUUUCCGAAUGGUACCAUUUCCAAAUGUGAUGAAUGCAAAAACAGAAUGAAGUACGCUAAGAACUUGGUUGAAGAGUACCCCGAGAACGAACAUUUGGUUAGUUUGUUAUUGUUCAGGGACUGCUUAAACAAGAACCCCAAAAAACCAACAGCUUGUGGAGACAAGGAUUUCUUCAUUACCACCGAUUCACAAAACUUUGAAGCAUUCACCGACAAUUAUGAUUCUGGUAUCACUUCAGGAUCAAGUAUCAACUUUUUUGACAAUGAUUUUCUUCACGUUAUUAAAAAUUUUAACGUUUCAAGUGAUUUGGAUUUAGAGUACUAUUGUUAUUUCAAGUGGAGUAAAGCUUGUAAAUUGCCAGAAACUCCCGAUGUUCAGGAGCUCUUUGAUAUUGAAAGUUGGUGGCCAGAGAAAAGGCUGGUGUACAACAGCCCUCCGGAGUACAAGAACAAUAGUGAAAAGUUUAACGUUGUUCACGUUACCGAUUUCCAUAUUCAACCAAGAUACGAAUUGGGCUCAGAGUCCAACUGUACUCAAGUGCCAUGUUGUUUGCCAGAGUCCUACAAUGCAGUUCUUCCUGGAAAAGACUAUAACUUCACCCAAUACUACAAGAACCUUGAACCAUUUGCUGACACAUUUGACUUCUCAUUCUACCCCGAUGCUCAUUACGACGAAAACAACCAAUAUGUAAAAGGCGAAUACUAUGAUUUCCCCAAGUAUCGUGGUUACAAUUGGCAAAAUGCCCCAGCAACAAGUUUUGGUGCUUAUCUUUCAGAUACUCCUGAAUUGCUCAUGAACAACUCCUUGAUUGAAGUUGCCAAAUUGCACAAGGAAAAGAAUUUUGAGUUCCUCAUCUUUACUGGUGACUUGGUGGAUCAUGAUACAAUUCACGCUACUCCCAACGUGACAAAGGAAUCCGAAGUGACGUCAUUCAACUUGAUGAAACACUUUUUGGACAACAUUACCGUGUUGCCCUCUUUGGGAAACCACGAUGCGUUCCCAUAUGCGCAAGUGGCACCAUUGCAGUUUGAUCGUAACAACUCUUACCAAUACAAUAUCGAUGACAUGGUCAAUUUGUGGAUCAACAAUGAAUGGUUUGAUGAGAAAGAUGCCAAUGAUUUGAAGCACCACUACACUGGUUUCUCAUAUGUUACAAAUAGGGGUUUGAAAGUGAUUGCUUUGAACUCCAAUGCUUACUAUGUUGAGAAUUUAUGGAACUAUGUUGAUCAAUCGACCAAUCCCGACUUGUUUGGAAACUGGAAGUUCCUUAUUGAUGAAUUAGUUGAGUCUGAGCAGAAAGGUCAAAGAGUCUGGAUAAUGGCUCAUGUUCCACCAAAUGGCGCUGACGCAUUGCCAAUCCAGUCAAGAAUAUUUGGUAAGAUUGUUGAAAGAUUCUCUCCUUACACCAUUGCUAGUUUGUUUUACGGACACACUCACGUUGAUGAAUUCACCAUUUUGUACAACACCAACGUCACUGCUGCUGAGGCUGUUGCUGAUGAUGUCAUCAAUAUGGCUUGGGUGGCUCAAUCUGUAACACCGUUCACCAGCUACAACCCUUCAUGGAAGUGGUAUGAAGUGGAGAAUGAAAGCUUCAACAUUAUCAAUGCUUACAACCACUACACGCAGUUGAAUUUGACAUUCACCAAUGGUGGUGAAGAGCCAAAAUGGGAAGAGGAGUACAGUGCAAGAGAUUUUUAUGAUCCAAACCACACAUGGCCAGAGGAUGCACCAUUGAAUGGUACUUUCUGGCACAACUAUGUUGCCAAACCAUUGUGGAACACCAGCAACAUCGAAUUUGCCCAAAAGUUUAUGGAUCUCAAGUAUAGAUUGAGUCCCUUGACGCCAAAAUGUGACGUCAAUGGUACUCUUUCAAACGAGUGUUACAACAACAACUGCUUCAUCAAUUUCUAUUCUGAUAAUAACAUCAAGUGCUUGAAGCCACUGAAGGAAUAUUGA